CGGGAGUGAGGCUGCCCGUAAUAAAGUUGGCUGCCACCUCCCUGUGUUUUCAGGGAAGCUGAAGCCAUGCUCUCAGGUGUCACCGCUGCGCCACGCUGUGGUCCAGGGGGCUAGACGGGACAUGCCAGGAACUGUGAGGCGCAACAGAGACACUGUGGAAAGAGUGUACCAGGCCUUCACGGUCUUCUGUUGGAAGUUGCUGACUGGCUGUUCUGUUGCAUCCUGCCCCAGGAAACAGUCUUGAGAGGAAAAGAACAGCAAAUAUUCAACCGCCCUGCUUGCCCAGAAGAGUAGCCAUUUUGGAAACCAGUGAGACUUGGUCCUCCAGCAGCUAGAAGGACUGGGAGCCAGCAACAACCAAUCAAGGCCCACCAGACUGAAAUAAAAGAAGCUGCCUAUUAUCAGCAAUUGGUCCAGAAUGGUAAGGAACUGUACCCUGGAAAAGGUUUUGGACUGUGUGAUCCAGCCAGUGGGCUGAGACACAGAAGACCUGCAGAAGUAGGCUGAUGGCUUACCGGGAGCUGAAGAGUGGUAGUACAAUGUCUGGACCCAAGGUGAUGCUCAAAGAGGUUUUGUAUAAACUGUUUACAAACCAUGACUCUCCAUGUUCCAUACUAAUGUUCCAGAGGCUGAAUAAUAUGUUUGUGGGAGAGAUCAAUAACUUGUCCAGCCAAGAGCCAGAGUUCAGUGAAAAAGAAGAUGAUGAAUGGAUUCUGGUUGACUUUAUAGACACUUGCACUAACUUUUCAACAGAAGAAGCAGACAUCAGUGAAACAUCAGCUGCUGACCACUCCCCAGUCUUUUCUUGUUUACCAACUUCCUUAGAGUGUUUGGCUGAUGCCAGCGAGUCUUGCUUCAUCCAGUUUGACUCAUGUCCCAUGGAGGAGAGCUGGUUUAUUACCCCUCCCCCAUGUUUUACUGCAGGUGGAUUAACCACUAUCAAGGUGGAAACCAGUCCUAUGGAGAACCUUCUAAUUGAACAUCCCAGCAUGUCUGUAUAUGCUGUCCAUAAUACCUGUCACAGUCUAAAUGAGACUAGCUGUGGAGAUGAGGAGUUUCAUAAUCCAAGUAGUCCAAGAACGGAAGCGCGAAAUGAAAUGGGGCAGCAUAUUCAUUGCUACGUUGCCACUCUUGCCGCUCACUCAAGUUUUCUGGAACAAACCAAGAGUUUUCGUCCAACCCAGUGGAUAAAAGAACAUAAUGAAAGACACCAUCUCAACAGAAACAGUCUCCGUCGCCAAAAUCUUACCAGGGAUUGCCACUCUCGGCAAAUCAAGCACAAUGGAUUGUUUGUUCACCAGCCUUGCCAGCGUCAGUACAAUUACUGAAGGCUUUUGAGGUUUUAAUCCUAUCAGUUAAUUGCUCUUAGCUUGCUCUUGUUUUAAUGUAUAGAUAAUGAAGGUGUGAUCAAUCUGAAGCUGAUCAUCAAUCAUUUGAACACAAUCGUGACUAGUGUUACAUUAGUUUGAAACCACAUUUACAUAUAGCAAGGCAUUUUGUGAUACACUCUAGGUCCUAAAUGGUUAUCUUAAAUAUUUCAGUGUCUUGGAAAUGUGUGUGAGUCUGGUUUUUAACUUUACUACGAUAUAUGGAUGGGUUUUUAAAGAAAAUUCUAACAAAGAUGGAACAUGCAUUCUUCAGUCAUAUGAAGUUACAAAAUUAUUGGGGUCAGCCAUACACUUCAAUAACUAGUGCUUUUGACAGCUUUAUAUGUCUGUGUAUAUACUGUGUACACAGUUAUACUCUAACAUAAGCAUUAAAAGGCUAUAGUUGCCAAUGGAUUUGGAGUAGAUGUCACUAAACUCUUACUGAAAGAAGGAUAACUAGAUUUAAUCUAAAUUCAGGGGUGAAAGUAAGUUAGAGGAUUUGCCGGUUCACCGGAGUCCUGAGCAGGGGGCAUGGCCUCAACCGGAAGAGGCGUGGCAUCAACCGGAAGAGGCAGGGCCUUAAAUCUCUGGGAUCUGGCAGAGUUUUAAAGGGCCUGGGGCUCCGCGGUGAUAGCAGCUGCCGGAGCCCCGAGCCCUUUAAAUCUCCGUCUGAGCCCGGCUGCCCAAGCCCUGGGGUAGCGGUGACUGGGCUCCAUCGGGGAUUUAAAGGGUGCCUGGUCUCCAGCUGCUGCUACCGCCCUGGCCCUUUAAAUCCCCACCGGAGCCCCACCGCCGCUACCUCAGGGCUUCGGCAGCAGAGCUCUGGCAGGGAUUUAAAGGGCCCCAAGGCAGUAGCAACGGCUGGAGCUCCGGGGCCCUUUAAAUCCCCGCCAGAGCCCCACCGCCACUACCCCAGGGCUGUAAAUUGCCCUCUGGGAAAGCCAGUCCUGGUACGGCGCACCGGCUCUUACCGGUACACUGUACCAGGGCGUACCAGCUUACUUUCACCUCUGUCUAAAUUAGAUAUUAUCUGCUUGCAUUAAACAGUUUAAUUGGGGUUGUCAGGUACUUCAUAUAAGCAGCAGAAGAGAGUAAAAUGUCCACCUGAUAAUACUGGAAUAAGAUGUGGCACAAAUGUUACAGGUAUUUGGAGAGGGACAGGUAUUUGUGCCUUAUAUGGAGUGAAAUGAAAAGUAGACCUAUGGGUUAUUUAAAUAUAGACACUUAACUCAAAGAUUCCAUCAGUAUUUUAGAUCAUGCAAACUUUGCUCUCUUCCCCCCCCUCCUUUUUUUUUUCCCCUUCUUUUUCCUUUCUCCACUUUUUUCUUUUCAUUGGGGAGAGUAUACAUCCAUUACAUACCUCCCAAAACUUGGUUUAGUUUAUCUGUAGUCUGAACCAAAGAGAAAGGGCUAGACUGACUGUCUUCUGUAAUAGGUCCAUCCGCAGCUGCAACACCUUCUGCAGAACCUAUUCUGGUGGAUGGUGAGUACAGGUGGGCUUCCGAGCUGCUGAUACUGCCUCGAAUUGAUCAAGUGAUAAAUUAGGAAUGGCUCACAAGCUGCUGGAUGGAAAACCUGUUUCCAGAUAAGGUCUUGCACCCCUCCCAACUUUUUCCCAAUGAGAGAAUAAAGUCGAGGUGGCCAUGACUGGAAGUGAUGAAAGGCAUAAUAUUAUAAAUACAUUCUAACACUACUAGUCUUCCAGAAUUAAACAGUGCUAGGAGGGUAUAUAAAAGUGGAGAUGUAGGAGCUACAUUAACAGUGGAUAUUUCAUUGCUCAUGUGGCAUAAAAACAGAAAAAUAUCUAACUUGAUGUUAAUUUUAUAGACUAGUGGAGGAGAGGGGAAAGUACAGAACAUUAAACAUCCUCUUAAAAAAUAUUAAAAUCUUGCAUGAUCUUCUGGAAGAAAGCAUGCCUUGAAAGGCAAAGCUACCAAAUUUGAUAGUGUAGAUUCUUCUAGACCACCACACUACAAAAUCAACCAUGAUAGAUAAUUCUUGGAAAUUGGAGUAAAGCAAGGAACGAGUGCGGGGCGGGGAGAAUAGUGAAGCUUUACUCUUCCUCUUUCGUUUCCAGUGCUUCACCUGUGAUCACUGCUUUUCCUGCAUUUGCUGCUAAGGCAUAUAAAUGUUAGUCACAUUCAACAAUGUCUUCCAGCUGAAAUCAUGUGGAAAAGCCUCAACACUAUAAAACGUGUAUAUGGGUGGCUUUAAUUUUUAUGAUUAGAUGAGACCAAUAAUGCUUAAGAAUUAUUUCAAACCUAUGAAAUGUUCUUUGAAAUGUGGCCAAAUGUUUCAAUUUUGCGGAUACAAAAACCUAAUGCCUUGAAGUAAUCUUGCAGUAUGAGUAGCACUGCAUAUAAUAUAUGCAGGCUGAACUCUCGUGGAGCGUAAUCUUCCUAAUCCUGUAGCAAAUAACCUUCUGGUCCCCAAUUCCAUUCAAAUACUCCAUUUUUUCUGAUUUUAGUUAGCAGUUUAACUGCCAUGUGUAUCUAUAAAUGUAGCACUAUCUACAUUGCUUUUGUUCAUACUCCUGUCAUCUUACUGGGGUAUAUCCCUAGAAGUGCUGGGAGGUCAUCUAGUCUAGCCUCCUGCACUUAGGCUGGAUCACAUCUAUAGACCAUCCCUGAAAGCUGUUUAGUCUAGCCUGUUCUUUAAAACUUCCAGGGAUAUGGAACAUAGGUUUUGCUUUGAGUGAUUAUGUAUGAGUCUAAGUGCUUAAUGCCAGUUCAGAAUGUAGAUGAUUUUUGUUGGUGUUCUUACCUCUUCUUUCUUUAGUGAUGCAUAUCCAUAUAUAUAUACAGUGAUAUUUUCCUCUGGGCUAGAAACUCUCAAUUAUUUAUCCAAGAAUAAUUUUGUAGCUUCACCAAUCUCAAAUUCCUAGAAUCUCUCUCAUUUGCACAAAGAGAUCUUAAUUUUGCUUCUGGUAUGAUUCCUUUUAAUUUCAAGUUUUCCUCUGCCCUUCUUUCAUCUUUUCUGCGUGCGCGCGUGCUCGCGCACACACACACAUAUUCACUUUCCAGCACAAGAGACUCCUUGCUUUAAUUUUUCUCUUCCUAAAUAACUACUUUCCUUCAGCUUUAAUUUUUCUAAGGUUAAAUGAAGGAAGAUGGAAUCUCCACCUCUCUGAAUUAAAAGGGUUUUGUAAUCCUUUAACUUUUUACUGGAGGGGAAGUGCAUGGCUCCCAAGAAUUAGAAUUGGAGCCUCCUUUUUUCAGUUGGCAAGUAAAAGCAAUUUUAGACUGCUCCUAAAAAGUGGGAGAUACUAAUCCUUUUUUUUUUUUUAUACUAUAUUACUGGAUAACUUUCUAGUGAUGAAAUCCUAUAUCUUUCAGGAUAUAAACUUUUUUGUUGCACAAAAGCUGUGCCUCUCAAUUCUUAAUAUUGGAAACCAUGCUAUAUUGUAUGAAAUGUAUACAGUACUUCAUCAGUGACUUUUUUUUGUUAAUUUUGUCUUGCAUAUUUAUGUUGUUAGUUCUAUUUUGUGCCUGGAGUUCUUGGGCAGUUUUUUUGUUGUUGUUCUCUAGUAGUGUAUGAGUUAUAUGGCUUUUUAUAUGGUUUUUGAACAGUAGUAAAACAUAUUGUUUGUUGUAAAAGUGGAGGCCUUGCACUGUCUCAGAUGCUGAUUCAUUAAUUUUGUUGAAACUGUGUUUCCGUAUGUAUCGGUCAAUAGACAGAUGUGUUGUAAACAAACCUGUGCCUUCUAGGUUUAACUUGUACACAGCAAACUUGAAAAUUCAAAAGGGACAUUUCAGUUAAGAUAAAUACUGUACAUCAGUCUAUGCAUAUAUGGCAGCUGCUUUCUGGAGCCACUUUCUCAACUUGUAGCAGUUCUUUUGAUUAUCAAAGGUUGUCUGGUUCUUAGUUUGAAUAGGCAGUUUGAUACAAGCUGAACAACAACAAAAUACAGCACUUUGCCAAAAAGUAGCAUUGCUUAAACAAUGUGUAUUUAAUAACACAACUUCCUGUAUUUUGGUUUCAUGGUGCAUCUUGUACUUCAUGAAGAAACGUAUGAUCUUAACUAUCAAUAAAAAUUGCCCUAUUAUUAAA